AUGGCGCACCUCGACUCCCUCGACGACGGCACGCUGGUGCUCGCGGCAGUCGGCGCCGCGACGCUCGUCUUCCUCUACCUGCUGCUGCGGUCCGAUGCAGAGGCGGCUGUGCCGUACACUGUCGCGCCGCCCGAGCAGGCGCAGCCUGGCUGGAAGGGCCCUGUGCUGGCCGAGCCCGCGCUGAAGGUCUCGGGCUCGUCGCUCAUCCAGUGCUACGCGCCGGCCACGGGCGAGGCGCUCGCUCGCGUCAACCCCGCGACUGCAGAUGGCAUCGACCGCGCCGUCGGCCGCGCAAAGGCCGCGCAGGUCGCGUGGGCCCGCACGUCGUUUGCCGCGCGCAGAAAGGUGCUCAGGACGAUGCUCGCCUUUGUCCUCGCCAACCAGGAGACAAUCGCCCGCGUCGCGUGUCGCGACUCGGGCAAGACCAUGGUCGACGCCGCCCUGGGCGAGAUUCUGGUCACGGCCGAGAAGCUGCGCUGGACCAUCCGCCACGGCGAGGAGAGCCUGAAGAGCGAGCGCCGCGCGACCAACCUGCUGCUGGCGUACAAGUGGAACGAGGUCCUGUACCAGCCGCUGGGCGUCGUCGCCGCCUGCGUGUCGUGGAACUACCCCUUCCACAACCUCGUGUCGCCCGUCAUCGCCGCCAUCUUCGCGGGCAACGCCGUCGUCGUCAAGGGCUCCGAGGCCACGGCGUGGUCGUCGUCGUACUUUGCGUCGAUUGUGACGCGCGCGCUCGAGGCGUGCGGCCACUCCCCCGACAUUGUCCAGUCGCUCGUCUGCUGGCCCAGCGUGGCCGACCGCCUGACCUCGCACCCGGACGUCAGCCACGUGACCUUUAUCGGCUCGCGCCAGGUCGCGCGCCAGGUCUGCGCGUCGGCCGCAAAGUCGCUGACGCCCGUGUGCGUCGAGCUGGGCGGCAAAGACCCCGCCAUUGUCCUCGACGACCUGUCCGACGGCGACUUCAACCGCGUGGCCAGCAUCCUGAUGCGCGGCGUGUUCCAGUCCGCCGGCCAGAACUGCAUCGGCAUCGAGCGCGUGAUUGCUCUGCCCCGGGCCCACGAGCGCCUCGUUGCGCAUCUGACGCCCAAGAUCCGCGCGCUCAAGCCCGGAUCCGUCCUCGACGCGCCUAGGGGCACCGCCGUCGACGUCGGCGCCCUGAUUAGCGCCGCUGGCUUCGACGGCCUCGAGUCCCUGAUUGCCGACGCCGUCAAGAGCGGCGCCCGCCUCCUCGCCGGCGGAACGCGCCACGUCCAUCCCGAGCACCCCCAGGGCCACUACUUCACGCCCACCUUCCUCGCAGACGUGACGCCCUCGAUGGCAAUCGCCCAGCAGGAGCUCUUCGCCCCCGUGUUCCUGCUCAUGCGCGCCACGUCGGUGUCGGACGCCAUCUCCACAGCAAACAGCACCAUUUACGCCCUCGGCGCCAGCGUCUACGGCUCCUCCACCACCGACCUGGAGCGCGUCGUCGGCGAGGUCGACGCUGGCAUGGUCGCCGUCAACGACUUUGCCGUCACCUACAUGGUCCAGCUCCCGUUUGGCGGCGCCAAGGGCAGCGGCUACGGCCGCUUCGCCGGCAAGGAGGGGCUGCGGAGCCUGUGCAACCUCAAGGCCGUGACGAGGGACCGCUGGCCGGGCAUCAAGACGAGCAUACCGGGACCCAUGGACAUGCCGCUCAACGGCCCCGGCGCCGGCGCCGCCGCCUGGCGCAUGGCCCAGGGCAUCGUGUUGCUAGGGUACGCACCCACUCUGAUGGGGAAGCUGGAGGGCCUGGCGAGCAUGCUGGGGAUAUAG